CAUCUUUACGCAAGCGCGAAAGCCCCUCUGGCGAGUAAUGAUGCUCUCCGGCGCUUGGAGACAAGCAGGUAUUCCUCCAGGGAUAAUUAGUCAGGGACAAAUCAGAAGUUUCUGUGGAGAUGUGUUCUGUUUUGCGUGAAGCAAAGCUUUGCGCUUCCCAGUCAACGGUGCCAAAACCAGACAGACGGAUGUAUUUCAUGCUUUGAGAGUUCGAUGGAUAAACAGAGGGAAAGAUGGAUGGUGACGUCUCGUGUGACAACAUGCUGCAGACAAGUGACAACAAGGUGCAUGUGGCCAGUAACCUGAUGGACAUGGACCAGGACCCUCGCAAACGGCUGUGCUUUGCUGACGGCCGAAGGAAAGUGGACUAUGUGCUGGUGUACCACUACCGAAAACGCUCCUCCAUCAGGGGGUCUCCUAGUCAACACAGACUGUCCAUCAUCUCCAAUGGUAGUUAUCCUUUAGGAGUGAAGGAGAAAGAACAAGAGGGAGGGAAGGAUGAACCUCCAGAGGUGGUGGUGGACGUCGGACCCCUGGACCCUGCUGAUGGGGAGAAAAUCAUGAUCCGAGAGGAGUUUGAGGGUAAUUUAAAGGAUGCUGGGCUGGAAAUUGAGCAUGAUAAAGAGAACAAGGUUCAUGGUCAUGCUUUCAUCCGGCUACAUGCGCCUUGGCAGGUGUUGAGCAGAGAGGCAGAGUUUCUCAAGAUCAAGGUGCCCACCAAGAAGAGUUACGAAUUAAGGGAAGAAAAAGGUCUGGCUGCCACCAUGAGCGAAGUGUGGCGGAAGUUAAAUCAACCGUUCCAGCCCAAAGUACCCCAUCAGGAGCAAGAACACAGCCGUACCAAGUUCCUUUCGCACUGUUUCUCCCGGGACAAGCUCCACCUGUACAACAUCAAAUCAAAGGACACCUUCUUCGACAACGCCACAAGGAGCCGAAUAGUGUAUGAAAUCCUUAGACGCACCGCCUGCACACGGACCUGCCAAACCAUGGGUAUCACGACAUUGAUAGCCAACGGUGUCUAUGAUUCAGCAUUUCCGCUACACGAUGGAGACUUCCACCCCAGUGGACAAGCUGAGGGGAAGAACGACAGACAACUGUUACAUGAUGAAUGGGCAAGAUACGGGGCUUUUUACAAGUAUCAGCCUGUUGAUCUUAUCAGGAAGUACUUUGGCGAGAAGAUAGGUCUCUACUUUGCCUGGCUUGGUGUCUACACUCAACUUUUGAUCCCUGCAUCUGUGGUGGGCAUCAUCGUGUUCUUCUAUGGCUGGGCCACUGUGGAAACAAACAUACCUAGCCAGGAGAUGUGUGACGAGGAUCAGAACUUCACUAUGUGUCCCCUUUGUGAUCGAGCAUGUGACUACUGGCAUCUGAGCACAGCGUGUGGCACCGCUCGUGCCAGCCAUCUCUUUGACAACCCAGCCACCGUGUUCUUCGCCGUCUUCAUGUCCCUCUGGGCUGCCAUGUUUCUAGAGAACUGGAAGCGCAGACAGAUCAGUCUGAACUAUAGCUGGGAUCUGACAGGCAUGGAGGAGGAGGAGGAACAUCCUAGACCCAAAUACGAAACGAUUCUCCUUCAGAAGAGGCAGAGGAAGAAGAAAAAUAAUACAAAGAACAAAAAUGAGCCUGAGAGAGCUGUGGACGAGAGCGGGGAACUGGGGAAGGACAAAUGGAGGCAGAGGUUACUGUCAGCCAUGGCAGCUGGGAAUCCGACUGGACACGAGAAGCUAACAUGGAGGGACAGACUGCCUGGAUACUUAAUCAACAUUUCCUCUAUUCUGUUAAUGUUUGGAGUGACUUGCUCUGCCGUCUUCAGUGUCAUCAUCUACCGCAUCACCAUCUCCGCCCUCAUGGCGAUGAGCCCAGAUCCAGACGUCAAGUCUAACGUACGGGUGACCGUCACGGCCACCGCCGUCAUCAUCAACCUGGUGGUCAUCCUCAUUCUGGAUGAGAUAUAUGGCAUGGUGGCUGCCUGGCUGACAGAACUAGAGAUCCCUAAAACAGAGACCAACUUUGAGGAGCGUCUCAUUCUAAAGGCUUUCCUCCUGAAGUUCAUGAAUGCCUAUGCACCCAUCUUCUAUGUGGCCUUCUUCAAAGGGAGGUUUGCUGGCCGUCCCGGUGACUACGUUUAUGUCUUCAAUGAUUACCGUAUGGAAGAGUGUGCUCCUGGAGGCUGUCUGAUUGAACUCUGUAUCCAGCUCAGUAUCAUCAUGUUGGGGAAGCAGCUUAUUCAGAAUAACAUCUUUGAGAUUGGCAUUCCAAAGCUGAAGAAGCUGUGCCGCACACUCAAGGACAAAGAGCGGGCGCCCAAGGAGAUUGUGGAGCAGUCGGGUCGCCGCCAGCAGUGGUACCUGGACUAUGACCUGGAGCCUUUUAACGGACUCACACCUGAAUACAUGGAGAUGAUCAUUCAGUUUGGUUUCGUGACGCUCUUUGUGGCCUCAUUCCCGCUGGCUCCGCUGUUCGCGCUCUUAAACAAUGUCAUUGAGAUCCGCCUCGACGCCAAGAAGUUUGUCACGGAGCUUCGCAGGCCAAAUGCCAUUAGGGCCAAAGAUAUCGGUAUCUGGUACAACAUCUUGAGUGGUUUGGGAAAGUUUUCAGUUAUCAUCAAUGCCUUUGUCAUUGCCUUCACAUCAGAUUUCAUCCCUCGCUUGGUCUACCAGUACAUGUACAGCGAGACGGGGACCAUGCAUGGCUUCAUCAACCACACGCUCUCUUAUUUUAACGUCAGCAACUUUAAACCUGGAACUGUGCCUUCCAUCUCCAGUCUCGGCAAAGACAUUGCAUUCUGCAGGUACAAAGACUACAGAGAACCACCAUGGUCUACUGAGCCUUACCAUUUCUCCAAACAGUACUGGUCGGUUCUAGCGGCUCGGUUAGGUUUUGUCAUAUUGUUCCAGAACCUGGUGAUAACCAUGAGCAUGCUGGUGGCCUGGGUGAUCCCCGAUGUGCCCAAAAACAUCAGCGAGCAGCUGAAAAAGGAGAAGACUCUUCUGGUGGAUGUCUUCCUGAAUGAAGAAAAGGAGAAGUUGCAGUUGAUCCAGAGCUUGUUCUCCAGAGAUCUGACACAAGAACACCAGGAGGAGCAGAAGGUGUCGGAUCAGACCUCGCUGCCACUUCAGCAAACCCAACCUGGACCUCUCCCUCCCACUUCGUCCCCGGCUCCUUGUACCCGACCCCGAGCUGCAAGCUUCAGCCAGUUCACCCGCCAGAUGUCCAUGUCUCCCCGAAGCGACAUCACCCAACACACGGCCGUGUGAGGGAAGACGGGCGAGAGAAGAUGAGUCCACUGGUGGAGAGUGUUUCACAGUGCCUGAGCGUAGUUUUUUUUUUGUA